GCCUCCAUUUCUUCCCCUUCUAUUUGCCAGGAGGUGAUGGGAGCAGUGGCCAUGAUCUUGGUUUUUUUGAUGUUGAGCUUCAGACCAUAUUUUGCGCUCUCCUCUUUCACCCUCAUUAAAAGGUUCUUUAAUUCCUCCUCGCUUUCUGCCAUCAAGGUUGUGUCAUCUGCAUAUCUGAGGUUGUUGAUAUUUCUUCCGGCAAUCUUAAUUCCGGCUUGGGAUUCAUCUAGUCCAGCCUUUCGCAUGAUGAAUUCUGCAUAUAAAACUUAUUCCCCAACUUAUUCCUCGUACCUACGGGACCGCCUCUCCCGGUAUGACCCACAGAGGACAUUACGGUCCACAAAUAAUAACAUAUUGGAGAUCCCGAGUCACAAGGUGGCUAGGCUGGCCUCGACCAGGACCAGGGCCUUCUCAGUACUGGCCCCGACCUGGUGGAACGCUCUGUCCCAGGAGACUAGGGCCCUGCGGGAUUUGUCAUCUUUUCGUAGGGCCUGCAAGACAGAGCUGUUUCGUUUGGCCUUCGGACUGACGCAGUCUGACCCCACGGUUACCCUCCCCUAAGGUUUUAUUUAUAAUGGUUUUAUCUUAUUCGUAGAUUUUUAAUUUUAAAAUUGAAUUUUAACAUUGUAUUAUUCUGUUGUUUUAACUGAAAUGUUUCUUUUAUAUUUGUGUUGAUAUUAUUUGUUGUUAGCCGCCCUGAGCCCGGUCUUGACUGGGAAGGGCGGGGUAUAAAUAAAAAUUAUUAUUAUUAUUAUUAAUAACUUAUUGUGUCCAGAUUUUUACAUCUUGAAAUAUGGCAACUCCUCAUUUACACGAGGAUUUCAUUCCAAGGUACAGUGGUACCUCGCAAGACGAAUACCCUGCAAGACGAAUUUUUCACAAGACGAAUGCGUCUUGCGAUCUGAUGGUGACUCGCAAGAUGAAUUCGUUUUGCGAAAAAUUCGUCUUGCGAAUCGGAGUUUUCCAUAGGAAUGCAUUGAAAUUUAAUUAAUGCGUUCCUAUGGGCAAAAAAAGAGAGAUUUCAAUGCAUUCCUAUGGGAAACCGUGAUUCGCAAGACGAAUUUUUCGCAAAACGAAUUGACUCGCAGAACGAAUUAAAUUUGUCUUGCGAGGUAUCGCCAUACGUUGCAUUUAAGUGAAAUUGUGUAUAUUUGAAAUACUAUUGGAAAAGCCUGCAAAGACCUCUGCAAACCCUUGGAAAACCCUUUAAAAACGCAGCAGCAUUGACCAGAUGCCAGACUCUGUCAAACUCUACCACAAUCUCUCCCUCCAAAUGUCUUUGCUCAAAUUCCAACUCUCCACAUGCAGAGGCUCAUGAUAUUGCCAGGUGCUGUUUUCAUGCCCUUUUGUUAAGAGUGAUGGGGUAAACUACAGUUCCCAGAAUUCUUUUGGGUCAAGCCAUGUACUUUGACUGCAUGGUGUGGGUGUGACCCAGGAGUGGGGAAUUUGUUAAGGGGAUUCUGUUCCGCUUAGUGAGUGUAAUAUCCAGCGACCCCCUAGAAAGUGGUAAAUCUUUCUCCCUGUGCCUUCAUCUUGACAAAAACGAAACAAAAAACCUCUUCUUCCAAGAUCCAGCCAGGCCAAUGUUAUUUUUCCUCUUGUGCCAAAUACUUGUGUUUUUCUUUCCUUGGGGGGAGCAGUUUCUUUAGGAAUGUGGUGCAUAUUUGCAGGCCACAGUCACACUUGUACUCCACCCCCCCCCUCCAACAUUCACACUGCAAUAAAGAAGGAGGAGGAAAAAGCCUAUUCAAAGCUCUGACAGAAUAUGCAAUUCAAAAAUACGGCUUUAAUUUAACAUGUAGUUUGGCACACAUUUCUCUCGGGUGCCUCAUCUAAAGAUAAAUGUUUACUGCACUGGCUAUGAAGUUAUUGUAAAUGUUGGCGGUGUGUGUUUUUCUUCCUCCACAUUUACGGCGGCUUUUCCACGCUUGCUCUAUGAAUAGUUUUUGUGCAGCUAACUUUGGAAUCGCAGAGGGAAAGGAGAAGGGAGAAAAUGUGGGCAAGGGAGAAAAAUGGCUCAGGGAGGGAUUUAUUUUGUGUGGUUUUUUUGUUUUUCUUUGUUGUAAAAUGAAAGAUUAACUGGUCUGGCAUAUAAAAUACCGUGGGCAAAGAUUCAGAAGGUGCCACAGAGGGAGAAAAUGUAUGAAGUGUUAACAGGGGGCAAAGAUCUGUUGAGAGAGACCCAAACCGAGCUUGCCACCAUGAACAAAGUAUAUAUGGUAUCUGAAGAAGUGUGCAUGCACACGAAAGCUCAUACCAAAAUAAAAACUUAGUUGGUCUUUAAGGUGCUACUGAAGGAAUUUUUUUUAUUUUACUUCGAUCCAGACCAACACGGCUACCUACCUGUAACCAAAGUAUAUUUUGUUGCUUUUAGAGCUCCCAAUCCAGUUUUGAUGAGGUAAUAUAUGCUAAAAUACACUCUCACCCCAGACUUGGUGGGCAGGAAAGGAGGUCUUCUGGGUGCCCAGACAGUAAGGUGUUGGCUUGUCAGUGUACAGCUGAGUUGGCAGUUGACGUUUGUUGAUUCUGGCAAACCGUCAUUACCGAAGUAUUUCUUUCCCUCCUCAUUCGGUAUGGUGAGGAGAAUUUUCUCAUUCGCUUGAUUCUUCCUUUGUGGUAGAUUAAAAAGCUUCCCUCCCACCCUCUUUUUGGGCUGAGAGGGACUUCAGCUGGUUGCUAAAUGGACUUCAGAUAUCUCUGGAUAAUCCAUCUUUGGGAAGAUUGUGUGGAAAUCACAGCUGCCGCAGCUACUUCACUGCUUUACAUGCAGAAGGUCUCAGGUUCGAUUUUCAACAGAUGCCAUGUCCAAAACCACAGAAAGUUGCUGCCAGCCAGUGUAAGCAAUACUGUGCUCGAUAGACCAGUGCUCUGACUCUGAAAUAUGGCAACCCUAUGUAAUCACAUGUGCGACUUGAGCCCUCUGCACUGAAGCAUCAUGCCCAGAGGGAUUCUCAUAGGGCAUAGGCAUUGACAGCUGUAGGCCCAGAAGCCUAAUCCUGCCCACAAAUUUCAAUAGCAUGCAAUGGAUAGAUUGAGGGACAUUUCUUUCUUUACCUGGAGAAUUUGUCAGGGAGGGGACAGUCUGAGAAGAGCAGGCCCUGGUCUCCUCUCUACCUGCCUCUCUUGCUGCCCGCAUUAUGAAAAGCAGCCUCCCUGGGUGUUUUUCUCCUCUCCUCUUCCUCCAGCUGCAGGGCACCCAGUUGGCAAAGACUGGGCUGAAGAGAAUCAAGCUGUGUGCGUAUGCGUACACAGGAGAUCUGAAGAAGGGAGUGUAUUGACUUCCACUCGAUUUACUGGAGCAAUUGAGUAUGUCAGUGAAAUGCGACCGGCUCCUUUAGCUGUCACACUGAGACUGUCCUGCCACCGCUCUCAAUAGCUUCGAGUUUCCGAUCCUUUCUCUGAUUAGCUCGGGGAGAGAACAUCAAAUGCAGGGAUGCUUGGAGUGUGGGAGGGAAGGGAGAAACUCCGAGCAGUUACCUAGGAGUCAGUUUACAGGCUUCAAAGUGCUGUCAGUUUUUAUCGCGAUGGCACGUAGCACUGGGCAAGGAGCAAAUAAAUGCUCUUGAGUGCAAUUUAGAUUCUUCUCUUUGGGGAACGGAGCCCAUACACAAACCGAUAACACUGGAGACACAAAGAAGACAGGCCCCCUUCCAGUAUGGGAGCCAGCGGCCAAGUUUCCUCCUCUUUCAUGAAGUUAUAAAGACCUUGUUUGAGGUCUAACAUUUCCUCCCACGGGGAAGGCUCUCCCUGUAGGCGGGAGAGACUCAGGGUCCCUCUGGGAAGCAGGCAAGAGUGGUAGAGCACCUGAUUAUUGGGCUUGAGGUUCCAGGUCUGACCUGGUACCAGACAUGGUGUCCUCUGCAGAUGAGCAAGAGACACCCCACAGGUUGUUGACCUUAAGGAGUAGGCAGAGUCCUCUGGAACCACUUCUGAGAAUCCCACUGCUGAGGGGCCCACUGGGUUGGGACCUGCCAGGGGUCAGCAAACUUUUUCAGCAGGGCACCGGUCCACUGUCCCCCAGACCUUUUGGGGGGCCAGGCUAUAUUUUGAAAAAAAUAAUAAUGAAUGAAUUCCUAUGCCCCCCAAAUAACCCAGAGAUGCAUUUUAAAUAAAAGGACACCUUCUACUCAUAAAAAAACAUGCUGGUUCCCGGACCGUCCACAGGCCGGAUUUAGAAGGCGAUUGGGCCGCAUCCAGCCCCCGGGCCUCAGUUUGGGGACCCCUGUGCUAGGGAAUCCCUGGAGUUGCCAGAAGACAUGGUAGACGUUCCCCUCAAAGGCCUCAAGAAUCCCGGCUGGUAACUAAGAUCUUAACCUUGGUUCUCCCCAGACCUAAUCCAACAUGCCGGGAGUGGGUGGCGCUGUGGUCUAAACCAUGGAGCCUCUUGGGCUUGCUGAUCGGAAGGUUGGCAGUUCGAAUCCCCACGACAGAGUGAGCUCCUAUUGCUCUUUCCCAGCUCCUGCCAACCUAGUAGUUUGAAAGCACACCAGUGCAGGUAGGUAAAUAGACACCACUGUGGCGGGAAGGUAAACAGCAUUUCCAUGUGCUCUGGUUUCUAUCACAGUGUUCCGUUGCACCAGAAGUGGUUUAGUCAUGCUGGCCACAUGACCUGGAAAGCUAUCUGUGGACAAACGCUGGCUCCCUUGGCCUGAAAGUGAGAUGAGCGUUGCAACCCCAUAGUCGCCUUUGUCUGUACUUAACUGUCCAGGGGUCCUUUACGUUACCUUUACCUUACCUCUCCUUUCUGUAACCUUAAAUAACAUUCUGAGGAUAUCCAGGGUUCUUCUCCCAGCUUUAAAGCCACUUGUUUUAACCAGUUGCCAAGCUAGGAGAUGGCUGUUCCAAGGCUGUGAAAUUUAGAAGGGAGACUUUGUAGAAAGUGCUUUGAAAAUCCCAACUGCAUUAUGACAUUCGCUGAAACUUCUGCUGGUGAGAGAGUGAGAGAGGACUGUCCUGCCGGAAAGAAUGUGAGCAAAAAAGAAAGAAAGAAAAAAGAAGCAGAGUUCUCCUUUUAGGGCGUUUCAAAGUGAGUGCCGGACACAUACCUUCUGUGACCUUUCUUUCAGAUAAGUCCUGCUUGCAGCCGGUGCACAAGGAUUUCGCAUUCCAGAGGCAGGACUGGUUUGUGAAGGUGUGUGUGAGAGAGAGAGAGUGAGAGGGGGGGAGAGAGAGAGGAGAGAGAACGAACCUGUUGGGCCUUCCCUUUUACUACCUCCCUUUCUAAUAAUCCUUUUAAGGUUUUGUUUAUUUAGUGAGUGAUGAGAUGCCUCAGAUAUUUCAUACCUUUUAGACUCGCUCUGAAUCUCUCAGGCUUAUCAGGAGCUCAGAUCUGCUUCUCUAAGCUCUCCCUUGUCACUUGGUGAAAAUGGGGCAGAGAUUCCUAAACCCAAAAUUUAUGUCCACUACUUGCUAGUCUAAAAAUGCCUUCCUUUUUCUUUUCGUUGGUAGUGUUGUUUCUUGUUUGUGUGGUGAUGAUUCUGUUGCUUCUUUUAGCAAUAAUGUUGCAUGGAUUGUGACUGUGGCAAAAAUUGGAGAUCCCUCCCCCUUUUAGUUGCUACUGUAGCCAGUUGUUGCUUUUGAGACAUACCCACAACCACAAUGCCUAAACUUUUCCAGGUUAUCAUGGAUUAAUAGUGGGGCAUAGUUAUUGCUCAUUUGUUAACACAAUAGCCAUGCGUCUUCCUUUGAGGAAACAGUUUUUAAAGUUAAGUUUGGCUUAUUAGAUUUAUUUAUUGCUUCACACAAGCAAGGAAGAGUCCUGAAGCGAUUUAAAAGAACGAUAAAACAUGAAAUGCAAUAUACAGGCAAGGAUUGGCUAGCACCAGUGAUGUUGCCCAUGAUGCACAAACUUCAAACCCCAUGUGUGACUGAAGCAUUCAACAACCUUCUAUGCAGAGCCUUGCCCACCUGCAAAAAUAAAAAUAAAAAUAUAUCAUAUAUCUCACAGUGCAAAGCUUGGAGGUACCUCUGUAUCAGUUUCAGUACUGUCAGAUUUGUCUUCAGGUUUGACUUCAGGGUUUGUUUGUUUUUUUGCUAGAUGUGGCAUAUAUUUAAAUUAUAGAACUUCCUCCCACAGGAGGCAGUGAUGGCUUGAAAAGAGCGUUAGACAAAUUUGUGGAGGAGAAGAAUAUUGUUGACUACAAGGCACAGUGGCUGUGCUGUGUCUCCACAGUCAGAGGCCACAAUGCUUCUGGAUAUCAGUUGCUGGAAAUUGCAGGAUGGAAGAGAGGACCUUGGCACUCAGUUCUUGCUUGCAGGCUUCCUGGAAAAGGGGCACUUGGUUUGCCACUGUGAGAACAGGAUGCUGGACUAGAAGAGCCAAUGGCCUGAUCCAGCAGGACUCUUCUGACAUUCUAAUGUCACUGCGAUACAAAGGCUAAAAUGCAGGGAGAGAGAACUCUUGUAAUUGAGCCCUGAUAAGGCAAAGGAUGGAUGGGUGCAAAUUCCACUUUUCGAGAAUCUCCAUUUUAAUUCUUUGAUUUCCUUUUUAAAAGCAAGUUUCUAGAUGUCAAGGCUGUGAGAUAGGCUUCAAAGGAUGCAGGCAGUGCAUUCUGGCGUCAACAGUCAGGGCUUUGGUGAUCUGCCUCCUUGCUUCUUCUCCUGACUAGCAACUAUAUUGUAUUGCAUAGGAAUCUGCUUUAUACUAAGCCAAGCCAUUGGCACUGAUGCAGCUCCCCAGUAUUUCAGAUGAGAGGAAGCCAGAACUAUGCAAAAUUUCCAACUGGCAGAAUUGUGCAAGAUAAGAAAGAAAAGAUAUUUGCUGCAUUAGCACACUUUAUUCAGCACUAUAGUGGCAUGGAUUAGGACGCGAGGGAAACAAAACCCUUCUCCAAAGCCCCUUCGGUAUCUGCAGAUUCCGUUUGCAAGAUGAAGACUUCUCAUCACUAAAGGAGUUCAUUCCCAGCCAGCCUUGUCGCUAUUUUCCUGGGAUGGAGCUGGCGAGUGGUUGCCAUGGUGUUGCUUUUUAGCUGAUUUAGUUGAUUACAUUCCUAGUGGCUGCUUUAUCUGAAUUCAGGUUUUGGCACAGCUAAUGAUGAUGGCUCCUGCGCAGAGGAUGUCUUUCGUCUCCAGAAAUCCUACAAAUUGCCAGAAGAAGCUGAAAGCCUCUGUGUUGUUAAGCGGUUUUCUUUUCAUGUAUUUGCAGCAUAAGCAUCUCGUAUGCUCCUUCGGCGUUCAGCAUCUUACCUGGAGCAGAAUGCAAGUUCUGUUUCUCUAGACAUCUUUUCAGGGUGUGUGAAACCUGGCCCUUUAUUUCUGUGGAGUUUUCCACCUUUCCACCCUGUUGUCUCAGAUAUCCCCAGAUGCUCCAUGGAGUGUCUUUGCCAUCUUUGCUUGAAACACCUGCAGGUGAAUUGCAUGAGCAUCUGAAUACAGAUGCUGUGUGCAGCUUUCAGUGAGAUGUGUGCUUCUGUUUUUGACCUCAAUUCAAUAUUCUGGUCUUAUACUCUUAGAGACUUGGGAAUCUGGGUAUCUGAAAGUUGGCCUUCUUUCACAUAAACCUACCUAGUAGUUGAGAUCUGCUUUCAGUGGUGAGGCAAUCAUCUGCCGCAGAAAGGGUCAUUCAGAUGUGCCAUCCAAAUUUUGGAAACUCCUCCCUAGACACACAUGACUUAUUCAUUAUAUUUUGGCUCCAGGUGAAGACUGCCCUGUUCUUCUGUGUCUUUAAUGACUCUUAAUGAUGUUUGAGACCUUUUCAUUUGCCUUUUGCGGUAUGCUGAUGUUCCAUUUGGUUUCCUAGUUGUUGCAUCCAGUGAAGAUUCAUGGCAGACCCAAUGACCUAGAUGAAAUGUGGAAUUUGCUCCCGUCAGAUUGACGCCCAACUUAGUGUGGGCACUCGAUCCAGUUCCCUGAUCAUUUGUCUUCCUUGAUCGAAAGUAAAUAUGAUAGGGCCCCUAAACUUGACAAGAACAUAAGGAGAAUCUGACUUCUGGGUCAGAUUGAAUUGGAUGGAAAGUGGGCUAUGGGAAGACUUCCUGGCUUGCAGAAUGGCUACAUUUGCUUCAUAAAUGGAUCUCUGUUUGGUAUUGAAUAUGCUUUGCUGAAACUGGGUGACCCUGACUUCCCCCCAGAGCCAUUGCAAUAACUGUGGCAUCCCUUGGCUCAGGAGUAGCCAACAUAGUGCCUUUCAGCUUCUGUGGGUCUCCAGCCCCAUAAUGAGAGUCCAGUAACAUCUGGAGAGCGUCAGUGUUGGCUAGUCUUGCCUUAGGCAGUAAGCUUGAGAAGGGAAGCCUGGUGUGUGUGUGUGUGUGUGUGUGUGUGUGUGUGUGUGUGAUGAGACACAGAGGUGGAUACACUCAAACCUUUCUGCGCAAGACUUUCCUUCCUUCCCUCCUACCCCAGCAAAUAUUAUGAUAGGUUUAGCUCUGUAGGCUGAGAAAUGUCUUUCAGACUUCCUCAGCGCUAUCCUCCUUUUGACCGGCUCUCCUAGUGAUAUAUUAAUUAGCCAGAGCGCUGCAGACUAACGAGCAGUUGCAGGCCAAUCUCUUUAAAUGUUAAUGCUUAACUAGAAAAACAGGACCGGCUACCUGACAGGCAUGGAUCAGGGUUCUUUCCUUGUCUGGCCACAAAAAGAAGUUUGCCUGCUCAGACGGGAAGGUGUUGAGUUUCCUAAAGGAACGGAAAAGGUGGGAUCCAACGAGAGCCAUUUUGCAGACGCCGAGGCUGCUGGAAAUGCUCAAAAACUGCAGAUGUCCUGAAUUGAUAUUAAUGCCAGCCCCGGCCUUCUGUGAAAGACUUGGGUGUGCCUGUUCUUGGCAUCACAUUUGGCUUCCAGCUGUUCCUGAUGAUCUUCGCACUGUUGUUUUCUGCUCAGGAGGCCUAUUCCCAGGGAGAUCCCUUCAGAGAUGGGGCGAAGAGGGCCUAACCCUUCAGCCUUUUCAAACCCACCUUUAACCCAGAACAUGCAUUUGGGGAUCCAUUUCUUUCUUCUUCUUCUUCUUUUACCAUAUAUUUGUAUGCUGAUAGAUGUGUUGUUACGACGCACCUUAGAACAGGCCACAACCUGGUCAUGAGUUCUGGAUCACCAGUUGAAGACCAGUGGUCUAACAUGAUAGAGGACUCUUUCGCCCGCUUGGUGCACUCAAAGAUAAUAUGCUCUUUAGCCGUCAAACUCCUGAAAUGACAAUAUUCUUAGCCAUAAAAAAUCAUAGCCUCCCAGCUCCUUGAAAGGUUAUCAGCAUUUCUGUGAUAAGAAGGGAAGCUUGUGCCCUAUUUGCUCAUCUUCUCCUGUGUCGUUCAGAAGUGACAAUUGCCACAAUAGCUGCGGCCAUUCCUGGACCGUGAAAGCCUGGCGGCAGCUAGACUAAUGACUAGGAGCGGCCGGUGAGACCACAUAACACCGGUCCUGAAAUACCUACAUUGGCUCCCAGUACGUUUAUGAGCACAAUUCAAAGUGUUGGUGCUGACCUUUAAAGCCCUAAACGGCCUCAGCCCAGUAUACCUGAAGGAGCGUCUCCUCCCCCAUCGUUCUGCCCGGAGACUGAGGUCCAGCGCCAAGGGCCUUCUGGCGGUUCCCUCGCUACGAGAAGCUAAGUUACAGGGAACCAGCCAGAGGGCCUUCUCGGUAGUGGCGCCCACCCUGUGGAAUGCCCUCCCACCAGAGGUCAAAGAGAACAACAAUUAUCAGACCUUUAGAAGGCAUCUUAAGGCAGCCCUGUUUAGGGAAGCUUUUAAUGUUUGAUGGAUUUCUGUAUUUUAAUGUUUUGUUGGAAGCCGCCCAGAGUAGCUGGGGGAACCCGGCCAGAUGGGCGGGGUAUAAAUAAUAAAUUAUUAUUAUUAUAUUAUUAUUCAUAUGUUGGAUUGCUGCAAUGUGCUGUAUGUGGGGCUUCCCUUGCACUUUAUCUGAAAGCUACGGUUAGUGCAGAGUGCUGCAGCAUGAUUUCUGAAAGGAGCAAGGCCUUGCCAGCAUCCGACACUUGCACUCACGAGAUCGGUACUGGCCGUCAAUUUGCAACCAGGCCAGGUUGAAGGUGUUUCUGUUAGUAUGUAAAGCUUUCAGCAGCUUCAGAACAUUUUCCCUAUGAGAGUACCUUACAUUCUGCAUUUGUAAGAAACCAAUCUUUUAAUGUGGCAUCACCUAUAAUCAUCACCACCCUCAUUUAUUUGUACCCUGCCCAUCUGGCUGGGUUUCCCCAGCCACUCUGGGCAGCUCCCAACAGAACAUUAAAAGCAUGAUAAAACAUCGAACAUGAAAAACUUCCCUAAACAGGGCUGCCUUCAGAUGUCUUCUAAAAGUCAGAUAGUUGUUUAUUUCCUUGACAUCUGAUGGGAGGGCGUUCCACAGGGCGGGCAUCACUACCAAGAAGGCCCUCUCCCUGGUUCCCUGUAACCUCACUUCUUGCACUAUGGGAACCACCAGAAGGCCCUCGGAGCUGGACCUCAGUGUCCAGGCUUAACAUUGGGGGUGGAGACCCUCCUUCAGGUAUACUUUGGAACUUUGCCUAUUGACAUCAGGCAGGCACCUUCACUGUACUCUUUCUGGCACCUGCUAAAUAUUUUGUUGAGACAAACAGAUAUCUAGAAUGUUGAUCAUAGAAUCAUAGAAUCACAGAAUCAUAGAAUCAUAGAGUUGGAAGAGACCACAAGGGCCAUCCAGUCCAACCCCCUGCCAAGCAGGAAACACCAUCAAAGCAUUCUUGACAUAUGCCUGUCAAGCCUCUGCUUAAAGACCUCCAAAGAAGGAGACUCCACCACACUCCUUGGUAGCAAAUUCCACUGCCGGACAGCUCUUACUGUCAGGAAGUUCUUCCUAAUGUUUAGGUGGAAUCUUCUUUCUUGAAGUUUUUUCUUUCUUGAUGUUUGUUUUUACCUGUUUUUAGUUUAUCACUGAUUAAUUUUUUUAGACAUUCUGAAAUUACUGGUUUUAACUGUUUCUACUGAUAAUUUUAUUGUUUUAUUAUUUUUGUAAACUGCUUUGAGGGUUGUUGUUGUUGUUGUCAUUUUACAAUCAAGCAGUUUAUAAAUUUUAGGAAACAAACAAACAAGCCUUUGCUUGCCUCCCUGCACAGCCCUAAAAAUAACCAUUUGCAUUUGCUAGAUCUGUAAAAAACCAGAGUGGGGAAAAAAAAGAACUGCGUUGACCUGGGGCAGGGGUGGGGGGAAGAACACAUUUGGUUGCAAGAUGACCAACCUUCUGCUUUUUUAACUGUACUAACUGUAUUCAGAAGUGACACAUCAGAAACAGAAAGGCAUUCUUAGUGACACUUGGGGGGGGGGGGGAGAGACCUGUUUAAAAACCAAAAACCGAAACCCAACAACCUGCCACAUUAAAAGGACAGACUCAAAACAGUGCUGGCAGUUUUUCAAGCCAAAGCCAUGUGCUCCUUUAUGUGUGGAUACAGGAGUGCUUUUAUUGCUGUCUCCCUCCUGACUUUUGACAUGAGUGGGCUGAGAGAGGGAAUAGAAGGACCCUGUUGAGUUCAUAAGCAGCAGCCACAGCAGCAAUAGCUGACUUAAUGGAGUGCUAUUGACUUUAGCUAAAUUUAGAACGCAACGUAAUGUACACAGAGAGGAUCACAUGUAAUAACCCAGGACAGAAUGUGCCGGUCAGAUUUUCGAACAUUGUUUCUUCCGAGACGCUCUCCUGGGUCUUGCUGCUCUUGUAGCUGUUUCUCACACUCGCACACUUCGAGUGCGGCUGUCAUGAUUGUGCAAAAGCAUCCAGUGUUUCGUUCCACCCAAAGGGAGGAGGAGACGUCUCUGCGAACCUCUAGAUUUAUGUAUUUUGAUGCAGGUUUAUGACAGACUGCAAAAACAUUCUGCUGUGCACUAUGAUCCCGUCCUCCAGCAAGACUUCACCAGUGACACCUUAAAAUCGCGGCACCAGCAAAAAAGCAACAACCAGCAUCAUCUCGACUGGUCGGUGAGCUCUGAAUCUGGGCCAGCUCCUCAAGCCUGCUUCAUUGCCCCAGAGCCACACCGAGAAGCCACCAAGAUCCCUGGUUCGGAGCCCACUGUAUCUUUCAGCAAGUCCCAAGUGAAGAAAUCUAACGCCAGCAGCACCUGGGCUCAGUUGUCAAACGGUAAUAAUAAAGACCUUGCAGCAUGUAGUGCAGUCCCAGGGUCAAAUAGCCUCAGCGCAACUUCCCAGCCAAACAAACUGUCUGAUUGCAAUGGUUUUCCGCCCCUAGUGAGUCAAGAGGGAGAGGGACAGGUAGAAGCCCUCAACCAGCCCACUGGCAGCACAAAGAAGAAAUCCAGUAAGAAAGACUUGGUCAACCAAACCAUCCAAAAUGCAGACAUAGAAUGGUUGAAAAAUCCGCAGAAGUCAUUUGAAGCCAAAACCCACGACAGCAUGGAAGGGAAGAAGGAAUCCAGCUCAACCAAGCCAUCACCCCCCAGGCAAAGCCCACAUUCUGCCAACACGUCUGAAAACGAUUCGAGUCACGUACGGAUUACUAUCCCAAUCAAGACUCCAGUAGUGGAGACACCUGGUCACAAAAGGAAGAAGCGGCAGUCUGCAAAAGCCGUUGUCGACAAGAGCGUCCCAGAGAAAACCUCUCCUUCCGGGCAUCCUGUGAGCAGCGAUGUAGCCAGCAUGACUAACGCACAGGCAGAGGCGUGCAAGAAAGACCUGCGAGUUACAAAGCAAGGGAAAGCGAUGGAAAGCGAGCCUCCGUUGGUACCGGUGGAAAGCAAUGAGAUAGUCAGCAAAUCUCCCACGGCCAACACCUCCAGGCUCAGAAAGUCCGCAGUUGUGACGUCUGCUUCAGUUACACACAUGACAUCUGCUUCCGUUACACACAAUGCCCCGACACCUUGCAAGCAGCCGGAGGUUCAGCACCCGAAGUUUGCAGCAAAGCGAAGGUGGACGUGUAGCAAACCUAAAAAUGUGCUCCGGGAACCUUCUCUAGGUCUCCCUGAGAAACUGAUGGUAGAACCUCCCUCAGCUUAUCCCAUAACACCAUCCAGUCCUCUGUAUACCAAUACAGACAGUCUUACUGUGAUUACUCCCAUCAAGAAGAAGAGGGGGCGACCAAAGAAACAGCCUUUGCUCACUGUCGAAACCAUCCACGAAGGAACGUCCACCAGCCCCGUCAGCCCCAUCAGUCGGGAAUUUCCUGGCACGAAGAAGAGGAAGAGGAGGAGGAACUUGGUGAAGUUAGCCCAGAUGGCCCCCGGGGAAGAUACUAACACUAUCAGUGAGCUGAAAUUUCACAAGAAGGUUGGCAAGCUUGGUGUUCUUGAUAAGAAGACCAUCAAGACCAUUAACAAAAUGAAGAGCCUCAAGAGGAAAAACCUCUUGAGCCAGAUCUUAUCUUGCUCAAGUAGCAUGGCUCUGAAGAUGAAAAUGCAGCCGCCAGCCAACACAGGGGCUCCCACCAUCGAUGCGAGACUAGGGAAGCAAAUAAACGUGAGCAAGAAGGGGACUAUCUACAUUGGUAAGAAAAGGGGGAGAAAGCCAAGAUCCGAACUUCAGCCUCCACUGGAAGACCCGAAGACAGCCAUGAAACAUUUGAGGCCCGUAUCCAGCCAGCCAGAAAACCCAGCAGUGCCUUCUACCUUGCAGUCCCUUGUGGCAUCAUCAUCAUCACCAGCAGCCGUCCAUCCGCUCUCGACGCAGUUAGUGGGCUCUAACGGCAGCCUUAGCCCUGCCAGCACUGAAAUGAAUUUUUCAGAGUUAAAGACUAUGCCAAAUCUACAGCCCAUCAGCGCUCUUCCCACAAAAACUCAGAAAGGAAUACACGGCGGGACUUGGAAGCUGUCCCCACCCCGGCUCAUGGCAAAUUCUCCUUCCCACCUUUGCGAUAUAGGUUCCCUGAAGGAGGUCACGCUGUCUCCGGUGAGCGAAUCCCACAGCGAGGAAACUAUACCGAGUGACAGUGGGAUCGGUACUGACAACAACAGUACGUCCGACCAAGCGGAGAAGACUUCGGAGUCUCGCAGAAGAUACUCAUUCGACUUCUGCAGCCUGGACAAUCCAGAGGUCCUUCAGUCCGACACCAGCACUAAGAACAGGCACAGUCACCGGCAGAAGCAUCUCAUCGUCGAUAACUUUCUCACUCAUGAGACUAUGAAGAAGCCAAAGCACAAGAGGAAGAGGAAGAACCUGCAGAACAGAGAUGACCUCCAGUUCCUUGCAGACCUGGAAGAGCUCAUCAGCAAGUUCCAAGUGUUCAGGAUUUCUCACCGCAGCUACACAUUUUACCACGAGAAUCCGUAUCCCAGCAUUUUCAGGGUUAACUUUGAUCACUAUUACCCUAUGCCAUAUAUCCAGUAUGACCCUUUGCUGUAUCUUCGCAGGACGUCCGACAUGAAGUCUAAGAAGAAGCGUGGUAGACCUGCCAAAACCAAUGACACCAUGACGAAGGUGCCUUUCUUACAAGGGUUUGGUUACCCUAUUCCCAGCGGGAGUUACUAUGCACCCUAUGGAAUGCCUUACACAUCAAUGCCUAUGAUGAACCUUGGCUACUACAGUCAGUAUCCUGCUCCUUUGUACUUGUCUCACACCCUCGGAGCAGCUUCCCCGUUCAUGAGGCCCACCGUGCCUCCUCCCCAGUUCCACGCAAGCUCCCACAUGAAGAUGCCCAAUACUGCCAAGCAUAAAGUGAAGCAUGGGGUCCACCUGCAAACACCGGUAGGGAUUGGCCUCGGGGAUGUGCAUUCUUCACUGACCUCUCCGAAGGCUGCAGGGACAAGCAUACCCAGUGGCCGACUUCACAAAAGGAAACACAAACAUAAGCACAAACACAAGGAUGAGCGGAUAUUGGGGGCUCACGACGACCUGAGCAGUCUCUUCGCAAGCAAGUCCACUGGCUUCACCAGCCAUUCGGUCAGUGACAGAUUAAACGUCUCAGACAAAGAGCUCUCCUUGCUGACGGAGAAGAGCAAGCAUAAGGAGAAACAGAAGCACCAGCAUUGUGAAACCAGUGGGCACAAGGUUUCCAAGAGCAACUUCGAAGUGGAUACCUUGUCUACGUUGUCUCUCUCUGACACCCAGCAGUGGGUGCAGAGCAAGGAUAAAAGUAACUCGAGCAAUGAUCCCAUGGACUCUUGCAUGAAGAGGUAUUCUGGGAACACUGACAGCAGCGCACGGUCCGAGUCCCUGGACGUCUUCGGCGAGAUGAAUUCCUUGAGCGAAAAGCGGGACAAUGAUGGGAGCAAAAGGAGGGGUUUCGAAGGGUUCGAAACAUACAGGGAGAAGGACCUUCAGACCUUCAGAACAAGCAGGAAGGACAGGAGCUGCUAUGACUCAUUGACAGCUUCAGGAAUUGCCGGUUCGCAUCUAAAAGUAGACCAGAGUUCACUUCAUAAUAAAAACGAGGGUUCUGCUUCUUCUGUGAUGACCCGUCGAAAACCAGCAUCUCUCGAUAGUGUUGUGAUGUCCUCAACCCCAGUAUUAUCUCUUUUACCGUCGUCAACGGCAGCCACCUCAGAAGCAGCCAACUCGCCGCUCAAGAAACGAUUCAAGCGCUGUGAGAUCGAAGCGAUCCAAUGCGAGGUGCGCAAGAUGUGCAACUACAACAAGAUCCUCUCCACCAAGAAGAACCUGGAUCACGUCAACAAGAUCCUGAAAGCCAAGCGGCUGCAGAGACAAUCAAAGACGGGCAAUAACUUUGUCAAGAAGCGGCGAGGGCGGCCACGCAAGCAGCCCCUCUCCUUCGACGAAGACUUCAGAGACCAAAUGCCAGUUUUGGAGAAAUGCGUCGACCUGCCUUGCAAACGGGGGCAAAGGUUUGCGCUGAACCCUUUGAUACUGGAACAAACAGCCAACAGCCACGAUACCAUCUCAGCCACCAUCGAGGCUGUGAUACACAUGGCCCGAGAGACGUCUCAGCCGCCCCCUCCGCCACCGCCUCCUCCUCCUUCACGGACGCCGAAAGCCGGGAAGAGGAAGAGCAAAGCGCAACAGCACGCAGGGGCAGAGGACGGAGUGAAGGUGAAAAGGCACCGGAAAACUAGAGGGUGUGAAAGCGAAGCCCUCCCCUAGUAAGAGACGUGGCCAAUCAAAAGACAGUGCUGGGUGGUUUAGCGCCCUGGGACCAAGGGACCAGGGUGCUGAGAUGGGCAGGUCCGCUUGGCAUCUUCCGCAGCAUCAGACUUGCUCUGUAUUUCAGUAGUGCAGCAGCCGUUAAAAAAAAAAAAUUGAGAUAGGAAUGACCAAUAAUAAUUACAAUAAUGACAAAACUUUGGCAUUAGCCCUUAGGUUAAUAGUGGGGGGAUUGGGUGCUGGGGGAGAUGUUCAAACCUAGCGAGUCCACCAGUUUUUGCAGAGUUUCUGUUAACAAAAAACCAGCUUUGUCGUUCUCAUGUCUCGGAAGGGAAAGAGGGAAGCAUCCCGCUUAAAGUCACCUGGCCGAACUGGCAGUAUCCCUGCUGCUAGGAUGGUCAGCAAGCUCUUACUUAGUAGGAGCUGUUCUGCCCCCUUUUUGCAGAUGCAUUGCAGGGAGAAAUUCACCACCACCACCAGCAGCAGCAGCAGCCUUUGGAGCCACUGCUGCUGCACGAAGGGGGGUGGGGGAUUGCACCCAUCAGAUUUCUGCAUGCUAUGCCACCUUUUAAGGCACAAGGGCACCCUCUGUCAAGGAACAAAGCUGGCCGCCCUCAGAGUGGAAAUUACCUUCACUUUUCAACAAAACAAAACAAAAAGUGUAAAUUCCUCAACUGUGCUCUUGGUUUUGAACUGCUUUGAAAGUAUUUGCAUUUUGUUUUAUAGAGGUUUGGGGUGUGGUUUUCUUCCUUCCUUCCUUUCUAGAAACUCUUGCCAGGCUCCAGGCAACUGAAUCGCUAACUCUUCAAUCUUAUAAUUUCCCUUCUCCCUCCCUGCACAAAAUAAUUUGCAAGUGGCAAGUAAUAUAGGCGAGAGAAGUGGAGCCCUUCCCUGCGGAACAAGGUGAAUCUCCAGUCACCAUCCAAAAUUGUAACCGAAUAGCGGAGCGCAUCCCAUAAAGGCGGGGGGGGGGAGCCAACUUUUCACUAAGAUGGUCUUCGCACUUGACCUCAUUGGUGGUUUAGUUUGACAGUAGAGCAAGGCAUGGGAUAUGUUAGCAAAGAACAGAAGGAAUGAAGGGGCAAUGUUACUCUGAAGAGGCAAGCGAUCUAGAAUGGAUAGGAGCCUGCGAAAAAAUUGCUGCCCAAGGGUAACUUGGAGCAAACGUUUUUGCAAGAUCUCAUCCGAGCAGUGUAGCAUGAUGCCUUGACUUGUUUUCCAAUAAUGAAAACAACAAAAGUCGUUUUUAAAAUAAUAGUAAUAAUAAUAAUUCAAAUAGAAUGAAGCCAGAGAAAGAAAUAUGUCACUAAAAUUAAAGUGUUCUUAUCUAAAAUUAUAAUAAUCUUACUGUUCAAAGGGUAUCACCACUGCUGUUGAGUUAAUGCCAUUUUGAACACUUCCCUCAACCCCCGUUGUGGUUGCCUUAAGAAACUGAAAAUAUUUUUUUUCCUUUGUACAUAAUGUAAUUAUAAAAAAAAGAAAAGAAAGGGGGAAAAUCAGUUUGCAUGGACACAAACUGUGUGUGACAAAUUGUCUCUUUAAAUCGUCAGUUUCAUUUGUCGGGUUAAAAUUCAAAGUGUAAUUUUAUCCACUUUUUAAGCUUAGAUAUACAUAUCUAUAUCUCAAGCAAGUUUCCAUACCAAAUCAAGUAACUCUUAUUUGUUUUUUGUUUUUUUGCUUUAAGCAAAGCUGUUCAGACUAAACACAAAUGUUGAAAAUACUAUUUCAUUGCAGCAAUAGUACUUUCUUUUUAAAAGAAAAAAAAAGGAAUGAAAGCUGUUGACAUAUUUAAAACCAGUACCUGACAAAUUCCUUUCCUCUCCUCCAUUACUUUCUCGUGUGAUAGAGAUACCUUAGUUGAGGUGCAACUUCUGCUAUCAGAAGUUCAUACUGGAGAAACAUGGGGAACUUAAUUCAGCGACACCCAAGCCAAUUUUUGAAUCUGGUAACUGAUAUCUAGCAGAGAAAAUUAUAAUCAGCAGAACACUUACGUUAAAAACAAACAAAAUCCUUACCCCUUUCCCUGGCCCUAAAACCUAUUUAAAUAUUUCCCACGGCUUACUUGCAAAUUGCCAUUGGAUGCAUCAGACUCUACGAAAUCUGGGUCUCCCCUUAACUAUGAAAAAAAGAAUUCAUGUACAUGUGAUGGAGCCUGCCACAAGCAUUGAAAAGAAUGAGGCGUUUCACCUGCAUGGGACACUCCUCUGCACCUAUUUUGAAUAGUAUUGGGGUACCAGAAACAUACAGGAUUAAGCCAUUGAGCAACACGCCACACAUAGUCAAUAAGAAUGAAUUUGGGGGGGGGGGGUUCAGGAGUCAGACCUGCUAGGUUGCACCAAUAGGCUUCCUCCCAUUUGUAAGACCCUUUUCAAACUUAACAUUUUCAAGUUUCAAAGCCGCUUCAGAAGGGUCUGUCCCCACUUUGCUCCAGUAAUUUACGGCUGUUUCUCCUUCCGCCACUUCCAAUCUGGCCUUGUACCCAUCUGCUUCUAGCUGUCCACACUCAUUGUCAUGGCAGCUUCUCAGUCAUUUGGACUGGCUUGACCAUCCCUUCUCCACCCAGUUGCCAUUCUGCCAUGAUGUAUAAAAACUCUUAGGCAAAGACCAUGCAAGAAUGCCUGGGAGACGGUGGGCAUUUUGCCCAUAUUUUCUUUCUUCCUUUCCUUCCUUCCUCACGGGGAAUAGUGCUUUGCCAUUUGCAAUUUCCUACAUUGCCAUGCAACCCAAAGCAAGUGUGUGCUUUGUGUAAUGCAAGAAUGGGGAGACGAGGGUGGAUCUGGUUCUCCAAAUGCGGAGAACGCAUACUGAAGUCCAGAUCAUGGCAGACAGUUACGGCGCCCCUCACUCCAUUCAGGUGUGUCUUGUUUUAUGGCAAGCCUGCACAAGUUCUGACUCACCAAGCCAAAUGCAGCCCAACGGCCAUGUACUUACUUGCAAACAGCGCUGAAGUGUCUCUUGCCAGACAGGCUACCAUGGUAUCAAUGGCCAAAAGCUACGGUUUGACUUGCUGGGUCACAAAUUGUGCAUAACUGUCACCAGCCCAUUAAACCCCCUUCAAAUUUGAUCAGGAAUACAGGAAGCCACCUCUUACCAAGUCUGACUUUUGGUCUAUCUAGCUCAGUAGAGGCUCUCCUGGAUUUCAGAUGGAGAAUCUCUCCCAGUUCUACCUGGAGAUGCCAAGGAUUGAAACCGGGACCUUCUGCAUGCAAAGCAGAUGCCCUGGCACAGAGAUUUGAGCCUUCCCAUUCGACCCACACAUGUUAGAAGGCAUUAACCCUAAUAUUGGAGGGGGGGACAUCUGAGCUAUUUAGUAUCAAGGAGCACUUGAGAUGUUGUGUAUCUGAUAACCACCACAGAUCCUUUCAGGCCAAAUCAGUUCCUGUUAGCUUUGUUUUUCUAGCAGAGUUACCCUUCACACACACACACACACACACACACACACACACACACACACACAUGCCUGUGAGUAGGUGCCAUGACAAUGCCAUCACAUGUUUUGGGUGAAUUUGGUAUAUACCUGCAAAAAACCGCUAUGGCAUUGGAGCACUUCAUAGAUCAAUUUUGUUAACUAGUACAUGCAGAGGUGGAAAAGCAACCUAGUAUACUACAGAAAUGGGGACACAGGACCAGCCACUGUUUUAUGCCAGGUGUACAGAGAGCGAGAGGCACGUCUUUGCCCUUGCAAAAUAUUUGAUGCCCUCCUGUAACCAUGCCCCACUCUUUGUCCAGGAAGGUUAUCUACAUUGGACUGAGCACUACAGAUCUUCCCCAUCCCAGCAGUGAUAAAGCAGACAAAGGGACACUAAUGGUGCAAUCCUAUGUGUGUCUGUUUAGAAGUCGCAUUGAUUUGAGUGGAACUUGCUUUCAGGAAAUCGUGUCUAGGACUGCAGCCUCAAGCUGCAAUUCUGGGCAUCCUUGCUGGGACUAAACCCCAUUGAACCCAAUGGGACUCGUUUCCACUUGAACAUGCGUAGAAUUGGACUACAGUGGUACCUCUACUUACGAAUUUAAUGUGUUCCGAACACACAUUUGCAAGUUGAAAAAAAUUGUAAGUCGAAUCCCAUAGGAAUGCAUUGGGAGAAAAAAAUUGCAAGCAACCCUAUCUAAAAAUUCGUAAGUAGAAAAAAUCCUAUCUAAACCGCAUCCAAGAUGGCGGACGGAGCUCCAUUUGUAAGUAGAAAAAUUCGCAAGUAGAGUUAUUUGUAAGUAGAGGUACCACUGUACAAAUGUCUGUCCAUCUUAGGCGCAAGUCUCAUUGGCCAACCAUCUUUAUAUUGCGUUUCAAGCUACUGCCAGCAUUUAACAACUGGGCUGCAAAACCCCUACCCAUUUAUGUUCCUCCUCUCUCGCCUCCCCCUCCCUCCAUUUAAAUGCUAUGAAAACAAAAGAUAUACCGCUUCCCAUGCAAUGAAUGAGCCACACUGAAGCCAUAGACUUUUAGCCAGUAUCCCAAACUUUCACAGCAGCCUGCAUGGGAUAGCUCUUGAGGGUAUUGCUUUCCCACGAGACUUUGCGAAACGAAACAUAAAAAUGAAGUGAGGAGACGCUGCGGCCCACAUAUCUAGCCUGACCAAUACCUAGCACACACUGCAACACAGUCUCAACCCAACCCUGUUCCCUCCAGAUUCCAUUAGAAACUGCUGUAAUAUUUGGGGCUCAGAGGCGUCACUCAUACAAGAGCAAGCUGAUGCUGUUAGAUGGCCACACAGAUUAGUGUUUUGUGUGUCGCAUAGCCUGUCCAUACAAUUAAAAAGCCACUGACAGAAAUAGUAAGAUAAAGGAAUGUGCUACAUUUAGAUUGCCCAGGAUUUAAUUUUUAGGGCUCAAGGCUGCACAACACUACACAAUCUUUGAACAAUGUGCUUUUUUAGAUAAAAGCAAAAAAAUUCACCCCCAUCCCUUCCAUUUCCUUAGUUGAGGAGAUGUUUUAAAUUCCCAAAACACAUCUGCCAGACCCAAGUGUUUCUUUGUUUUUCAAAUGUGAUGGGGGACAGGAGGCAGGUCUCUGGGUCUUGAUGCAGCUCUAUGUCUAAAGGCGCAUGCCAGCCUGUUCAGUAGGGCACAGAUAAGCAUUGGGAAUAUGCGCCAGGAGGUGCACAUGGAAAUCCCCAUGUGCGUGCAGACCCCCGCUCACGGGAUCAGGGCCAUGGUGUUCUUUCAGUGCAUCAGUGCAACCGAUUCUGCACUGCAGUUUCAAAGACCUCACUUAAGAUCUGUUUGAAGGGAAGGGCAAAGUUUGCCCACAGGAAUCAAUCUCAGUGAAAAUGGUGGUUGGAUAGACAUACCGAAAUAUUGCAACGUUGGAGUUUCACUGUCAAUAAUGUGACGGCGGAUGAAAAGUAUAAUCUUGCUUUAGAAACAGUAUGGUUCAUUGAUGACGCUUCUGUCUUGGGCCAUGAUAAAGAUGCGCCACAAUCUGUCCCCCACCUGCCCUGAUUCCCUCCCCCCCCCCCGAUUCAAAUGAGUUUGGAGGAAGUUAGAAUCUCAUGUAUUUUUUAUACAGCUCUGCAUUCUGGUAAGCACAUGCUCUCUUUUUCAGUUUUCCAGUGGGAAUGCCCUCCAGAGUGAGGUCUGUUUUGGACAUGUAGAUUGAGUGAUAUUUUCAACUGAGACAAAUCCCAUCCCUAAAAAAGCGAGGUGCCGCCAUUACUGAUUUACACCUCGAUCCUGUAUAUAAAUAUCUGCUGGUAUUUGGUUAGCCAGGAUCCUGGACUCGAUGGGCCUUUGGUCUGAUCCAGCAGGGCUCCAAUGAAAUCCUUAAUAUUGAGAUAGCAUCAUCGUUAUUUGAAAAUUUGUUGCCUCUGUUGGCUUUCCUCCAUUCAAGCAGUUUUAGCUUUUAAGGCAGAAAGUCUUUAGGAUUGGGUUGUUAAUCCAACAAGCACAUUUCAGCAAUGAUAUCUACAGAAGAUCUCUUCAUAAAAAGCCUGCCUAUAUAGUAAUAAAACAAGAAGUCGUUUAGAAGCUUGUUUUCCUCUUUCAAGUGGAUGGGGGAGAUUGAAAGAAAGGAGAGGGGAUGCCAGUUUUGUCAAUGGGAGGGAGUGGGGAACAGUACAAGCCCACGUCGUACGGUCUGUUUAUUUUUUUUAAUGCUGUUUCUUAAAUAGUAAUACUAAAUGCACACAAAGUGUUAAAUAUGUAUAUACUGUAUUUCAAAAUUAAAAAAAAAUCCUACAAAAACAAAUGGGGCACAAGAUUGUUCUAUAAGUCGUGCUGGCUACUUUUUAGUUUAUACUCAUAAGUGGUUUUUAAAAGCCUUUUUUAACGUGUAAUUUGCAUGUUCUACUUUGAUUGUAUGUAAACAUAUUUUAGAGCAAAAAAAUGUAUUUGUAUUUUAUUGAAUAUAGAGGCAAGACAAAAAAACUUGUACAUUUGUUUGAAAUGUUCUUUUUGUAACGGUUUUUAUUCAUGAAGCAUUUUUGUACAUUUAAAAAAAUGGAUACAGACUUGCUGUUAUUUGAGGGUUAGGUACAUCUGGCAUGCUAAAUUGUCAUGCUCUUUCAUGAUUUUAGAUGUUGGUUUUUAAACAUUUUUUUCUAAAAGGACGCUCCAGUCUUUUCGCUACCAGAUCAGGUUAGCACAGUAUAGAGCACUUAACUAUUAAAAAAAAAAUACCAGAAAAAGGGGGGGAAGUUAAUCCUAUUCAUAUGUUAUUCAUUGUGUGAAAUUAAAGGAAUUCAAAUCAG